AGCCCGGUUGCCUAGAGCGGCCUGGGAAAGGCCCCUCUCUCCGUCCUUCCGCCUCGCCUCUUUCUGCUUGUCUUCGGAGGCCUCUGUGGCGGAACCUGCAUCUUCUGAGCUCCUCAGGAAGGACGAAAGCGCCUGAACCUGCAAACCUAGCAAGGAUGGAAGGAGGAAGAUGGACAGUUGACCUUGUCAGACUGCCUCCUGCAUCCCUCCCCAAAACCUCUGGGCAUUUUCUCCCAGGGCCCUCAGAGACAUCUGCAGCUGAUGGAAACAAUAGUCAGAAUACCAAGAAUUCACCUGGAAUUUCAUUGAAGAAACCAUUUAAAUGCAUGGUGUGCGGAAAGUGCUUCAUCCAGAAGACAAAGUUUACUUUACACCAGCAAACUCACACAGGAGAGAAACCAUAUGGAUGUAUGGAGUGUGGAAAGUUGUUCAGCCGGAAGGAACACCUUACUGUACACCAGCGAACUCACACAGGGGAGAAGCCAUUUCAGUGUAUGGAGUGCGGAAAGACAUUUGCUGAUUCUGCAAGCCAUGCAAGACAUCAACGGAUUCACACAGGAGAAAAACCAUUUAAAUGUUUGGAGUGCGGAAAGUGCUUCAGUGUAAGUGGAAACUGUACAAAGCAUCAACUCACUCACACAGGGGAGAAACCUUUUAAAUGUUUGGAGUGCGGAAAGUGCUUCAUUGAUCAUUCUUCCCUUAGUUCACAUCAAAGAAUUCACACAGGGGAGAAGCCAUUCAAAUGUAUGGAGUGCGGGAAAUGUUUCAGGUGGAAGUAUUACCUUACUACACACCAGCGAACUCACACAGGGGAGAAACCAUUUGAAUGUAUGGAGUGUGGAAAGUGUUUCAAGUGGAAGCAAUACCUUACUGCACACCAGCGAACUCACACAGGGGAGAAACCAUUUGAAUGUAUGGAGUGUGGAAAGUGUUUCAGGUGGAAGCAUUCCUUUACUACACACCAGCAAACUCACACAGUGGAGAAACCAUAUGAAUGUAUGGAGUGUGGAAAGAGUUUCAGGUGGAAGUAUUACCUUACUACACACCAGCAAACUCACACAGUGGAGAAACCAUAUGAAUGUAUGGAGUGUGGAAAGAGUUUCAGGUGGAAGCAAUACCUUACUACACACCAGCGAACUCACACAGGGGAGAAACCAUAUGAAUGUAUGGAGUGUGGAAAGAGUUUCAAGCGGAAGCAUUCCCUUACUACACACCAGCAAACUCACACAGGGGAAAAACCAUUUAAAUGUAUGGAGUGUGGGAAGACGUCCGUAGAUAGAGGAUCCCAUAUAAACCAUCUACGAAUUCACACAGGAGAAAAACCAUUUAAAUGUAACGAGUGUGGAAAGACUUCCGUAGAUAGAGGAUCCCAUAUAAAACAUCUACGAAUUCACACAGGAGAAAAACCAUUUAAAUGUUACGAGUGUGGAAGCUGCUUCAAUCAAAGUGGAAACCUUAAAAACCAUCUACGAAUUCACACAGGGGAGAAACCCUUUAAAUGCACGGAGUGUGGAAAGUGCUUCAGUGUGAGGGAACGUCUUAAUAUUCAUCAACGGUCUCACACAGGGGAGAAACCAUUUGAAUGUAAGGAGUGUGGGAAGACUUCCGCUGAUCGUUCAACCCAUGCAAGACAUCUACGAAUUCAUACAGGAGUGAAACCAUAUGAAUGUAUGGUGUGUGGGAAGAGCUUCACACGGAAGACAACCCUUACUUUACACCAGAGAACUCACACGGGAGAAACGAUUUAAAUGUAUGGAGUGUGGGAAGAGCUUCAGUCAAAGAGGAAGACGUAGAAAACAUCAACAAACUCACACAGGAUGAAAAAGCAUUUAAAUGUGUGCAGUGCGGAAAGUGGUUCAGCUAGUAAUCACACCUUCACAUCAACAAAUUCACACUGGGAAGAAACCACUUAAAUGCUCGGAGUAUGGAAAGAGCUUCAGUCAAACUGGAAUGUUCAUAUUCACAUAAGAGAAACAAUUUAAAUAUAUGGAAUGUGGAACAAUUUCCCACUCACACUUCACUCUUAUCACACAAAAUAUAGAGCCAUAAAAUUGUAGAAUGGGAAGAGCCCUAAGGGACAUCUAGUCCAACCUCCUGCAAUGCUAAAAUCUCAACGGGAGAAUCCAUGACAGAUGGCCUUUGGAGAAUUUUAAUCAGUGAAGGGAAGUCCACAACCCACCAAAGGAGUUUGUUCCCCAGCUGAAAAGCUCUUAUUGUCAGAAAGUUCUUCCUGAUGUUUAGUCAGAAUCCACACUUUAAUCAAUUUGCUAACCCUCAUCUUCUUAAAAUAAGAGCUAAUCUGAUCAUGUGUCACUUUGCAUUUUGAACUUAGUAAGUUUCACGAUCAAUAAUACUGGCUGAUGUACAGUAUUAAAUAUAUGUGCUUAGGAAGUUUGCAUUAGACAGGAUACGUUUGUCUGCAACAAAUUGUGGGAUGUUUCUGUUUUGAGGGUUUCGGCUAAAUCAGGGUUUCCCAGACUUGGGUCUCCAGUUGUUUUUGGACUACAGUUCCCAUCAUUCCUGACCACUGGUCCUGCUAGCUAGGGAUGAUGGGAGUUGUAGUCCAUAAACAGCUGGAGAACCAAGUUUGGGAAACCCUGGGCUAAAUGAUGACUCAUUGCUGGAAACCUGAGUGGUCUCUUUUGGCAAUGGAACCCGAGAACUCAGGGGAGCAAUGUAUUACUUUGUAUCUUUGUAAGCUUUAUUUUCAACUCUUUUAAAACUGUUCUGCAAUAAAGCUUUGAAACUCA